AUGCGACGUAUUUCACCACGUUCAUUAUUAUUAUCUAUUGGAAUAUCAUUGAUUUUAUUUGUAAUUAUUUUUAUUGUUAAUCAUCGUUCAAUUGAUGUAGAAGAGCUGCCGAUUAAAUGCAAUUGUCCAACUGUACCAGCACAAACUCUGCCAACUAUAAAUAACACAAUUUCAAUAAUAAAUACAACAAAAAUAGAAGCAGUAACGAUUCAAAAAGUAAAUAUACCAACUAUUGCUCCAACAACAACUUUACCACCGCUUCCUCCGUGUAAACCAGUUGAAAAAAAUUCAUCCGUUCAACGAGCUAUAAUUAUUUAUUAUCCACAUCAUCAAAGUGAAUAUUUCUUUCCGGAAGUUCGAUGGUUAUAUCGUUCAUGGGCAGAAAUGUUACGUAGUCAACCGCCAACAUGGCGUACAGAUUUUCUUAUAUUUACAUAUAAUUUUUCGGCUGAAUUUCGUAGCCUUGGAUGUAUUAAUCGUAUUCGUGAAAAUAAACAAGAACCAUCUGUUUGUCGCAUUUUUCUUUAUGUACCUAUACAAUUUCGUACGCCAAAUAUUACAAAAAAUAAUUUUGAAAAUGCAUUUUCUGAUGCAAAAAAAAUCGCAAAACUUUAUAAUGAUAGUGUAGAACAAAUGGUUACUAUACCUAAAAUAAAUGAUCCAGAAACAUUUGAUCUUAAACGUUCAGAAUCUCUAUAUAAUAAUCUUCGAACAUAUGGAUAUAUUGAUUCUAUUAAUACAAUUUAUGAAGGUUUUAGUACAUUUAAAAUGUAUGAUUUUGUUUUAAGAACCGAUAUUGAUGUUUUUAUUUAUCGUCAUUUUGGAACAUAUAUUCCUCAAAAUUGUACUUUAAUAACCGGUGGUGGUGGAUAUGGAACAAAUUUUAAUCGAAGAAAAUUAAAACGUAUUGCUCAUGAUAUGGGUUUUUCACAUGUUGAAAUGUCUGGCAUGGGUUCAACAUGGUAUGGUUCAGCUCGUGAUGGAUUUUUAGUUGCGAAUCAAACAUUACAUGGAAUGCUUUGGUUAGCAGAAUAUGAAUUUGCUCAACCAGAAAGAGAAUCAAAAUUAGGCACACUAAUGUGGCCUGAAUGGCAUUAUGGUGUCUUACUUUUAUAUGGUCAACAUUUAGCAAUAAAUCAUUUAGUUGGUCAAAAUCAAAUUCGAGUGAUAAUUGGUCAUAAUCUUCUUGAUCAAUCAUCAACAGAUCCAAGUCCGCAAUAUGUACAACAAGGUAUUCGUUUAAAUCUUCAUUGUUGGCAUACAGAUAAUCGUUUUUCGAAAUUUGCUUUUAAAAUGGGUCAUUAUAAUAAAACAGAAUUAGUUAAAUAUCAAAAUGAUACAACAGCUCAAGCUUAUGCAAUGCGCAUGGCACUUGAAUCAAAAUAUAUGACACUUGAACAACUGGCAGAUUUAAUUCGAAAUAUUUCCAUAACAAAAUAA